AUGCUCCAAGUUUUGGCCGCGCUCUGUUGGGCUACGGUAGUGUGUGGUAAGUGCAAAAAUUGGUCGCAUUUUUCGUCGAUAUUCUCAAAUACGAAUGAGUGUUGAAAAUAAGUCCUCUGGCAGGUCUAAUGGAGUAAAUUUUGAUCGAUUUUUUGUUGGAAAUUUUCAAAAAAUCCCAUUUUUUGACCAAAACAAAAAUGUUUCUGAUUUUGCUGAAAAUUUGUGAAAAUAUUGCCUAAGGCAUUUUAAGAGUGGUGAGAAAAUUUGAGAAUGGAAUCUGCUAAAUUUGCAGAGAUUUUUAUAUUUUUUCCAAAAAAUGGCCUUGGUCCCCCCUUAUGAUGAUUUUUCAAAAAAAAAAAAAAAAAUCAAAAAAUUUUUUUUUCUGUCUGACAAGCUCAUUCAAUUGUCAGUUACUCCAAGUUGAACUUCGUUUUUCUAAUUUUGCAUAGAUUUGAUUUUUUUAUUUUUUCCAAAAAAAUUUGCCUUGGUCCCCCCUAAUGAUGAUUUUUCAAAAAAAAAAAUCAAAAAAAAAUUUUUUUUCUAUCAGACAAGCUGAUUACAGUGUCAAUUACUCCAACUUGACCUUUGUUUUUCAGCGCAAGACCUUCAACUGGUCGACAGUGAUGCCGAGCCCACUUAUCCAAUGAACCCGAAUCAUGCGGAUUUAUUCGCGACCACUACCUAUAAAUACAACCCGAAUCAUCCGCCAAAGACUCAGCCGACCACUCCGACAACUCCUACUACACCUACAACUCCUACAACACCAACUACACCUACUACUCCAACUACUCCUACAACUCCUACAACACCAACCACUCCAACAACCCCCGAAUGUGUUGACGGCGCCCUGAAUUGCGUCGAUUACAUUAGUCAAUGCAAGAGCUCGCCAAAGGUGGCCAAGUACUGCAAGAACACCUGCGGCACUUGCUCUUCCACACCAACAGGUGGGUCAUGGAUAAUAUAGCCGGCUCUCAGCGACCGCAAAACGUGGUGGGCUGAAAUUUGGCAGCAAGAAUCUAUUAGGAUCACAUAUCAAUUGCUGCAAAUUUCAGUCUUUGAUCUGCAAGGCGAGUCGAGAUAUUCGACGAUAUUUUUUUCUGCGAGAGAGUAUUGCAAAUGAAGAGACGGUCAGAGAAAAGUUUUUUCUCUAUAGCUACUCUAAUUCGCCUUGGAAAAAAAUGAUUUUUUGUGGAAACGUUUACCAUCUAUCUAAAUGGCAUAUGAGAUUUUCAGAUUAUGAAAUUUUCAAGUUAAAAAUGGCCAAAAAAAUCGGGAUUUUUUGAAAUUUUCGGACCAAAAAUCUCGGUUAUUUCUGCAAACCGCGAGCUAAAAACCUUGUAUAUGUCUUAGAAAAUGUUGCUCUCAAUUUACCCCAGAGUUCGUCGAGUUCUGACAAAAAAAAAUUUUUUUUGAGAUACCUACUACAAUAUCGAAAAUCGCUCGAAUCAUAACCAAAUUCGUAUCUAAAAAGCGCAAAAAAGAUGUCACAAUAUCCUCUAUGACUUCUUUGCAGCUUGUAUUGACUCCGCGACCAAUUGUGCGCAAUUUUUGCGGAGCUGUGGCUCUCCCAUGAUGGUGGAACAUUGCAAGGCCAGCUGCAAGUUAUGCUAA